UCCAGGCUGGUUGCUAGGACACUCUUGUUUGCUCCUUGACAACCCUGGCGGGGGUGCGUUGGCUGCAGCCCGGCUCUGGCCCCCGCGGGAGCAGCACCCAUUGGGGAAAGGCAUCUCUGCUCCCACCAAGUUGGCAGGGCUGCUUCCUGAGACUUCAGGGCGCCCAAACCACCAGCGCCAGCAUCUCCUGAAGGCCCACUCCCUCCUGCAAAGGCCACAGUGGAAGGAACAUGGGAGAGACCGAGGGAAAGAAAGAUGAGGCUGAUUACAAGCGCCUGCAGACCUUCCCUCUGGUCAGGCACUCGGACAUGCCAGAGGAGAUGCGAGUGGAAACCAUGGAGCUAUGUGUCACAGCCUGUGAAAAAUUCUCCAACAACAACGAGAGUGCUGCCAAGAUGAUCAAAGAGACCAUGGACAAGAAGUUUGGCUCCUCCUGGCAUGUGGUGAUCGGCGAAGGUUUCGGGUUCGAGAUCACCCACGAGGUGAAGAACCUCCUCUACCUGUACUUUGGGGGCACUCUGGCCGUAUGUGUGUGGAAGUGUUCCUGACACCGUCCCCCACAGGGCCUUCGCCUGCCUCUCUUCUGAGAUGGAGCACAGCCCCAGCAAGUCCUGGCUCUUUCCAGGAGCGCAUGGGCUCUUUUCUUUUGUCCUGUGUAGUACCAGUUUCCUGAGCCACGCCGUGUGUGUGUUUGUCCACAUCUCUCCUCCUCGGCCCAGUCAGGCUGUGGACAGGCCGAGGCAUGCGUCUGUAGGGGCAGGGUGGGGAGAUAGGUCAGGGUGAAGGAUUUCUCUCACUAGGACAUGGUGGUCCCACCUUUCUCUGGGCCAGGAGCCCCCUGCCCUUCAGUCCCCAGCCCUGCUGGGAAGUGUCCGCUGUCCUUGUCUUUAGUGGCCACAUGGAAGUGGCCCCCUGAAGGAGUCUCUCCUUCCAAGAAACUUGCAGCUUCUCUCCUUGUCCCCUGGGGAAGUGGCACCCCCCCCCCCCAGGCCUGGCCCCAGUGUGACCCCAGGCUGAACAACCACGGCUUCUCAUCAAACCACUGGCUCGCCGGCCCUGGCUUGGGCAUGAGGACCAGGCAGCCUUCCUGUCCUCCCCGCCCGGCCCAGCCGUGCAGUGAGAGCCGAGCUGGGGUGCCAGGCUGGGGUGCCAGCCUCUCUGCCCUCCAGGAGAGGGCCCUGAGGCGUCACUGAGCCCCGGUGAGACGCAGCCCCUUCGGCAGGAGCCGGGCCUGCAGGGGCCUAUCAGGGACCGCAUGCUGAUUUGUACUUCUAUCUCUGCUGGCUUUUCUAUAUUCUUUUUGAGUAUAGGGAGAAGGGUUUUAGUAGAAGGGUGAAUCCUAUUUUACACAGUGGUCUUAUUUAUAUACAUGUCUUGGUUUUUACAAUUAAAAUAACCAAACUGA